UGCUGUGUCCGCCUGUCCCUGCCUCAUAUCGUCCAAGGCCUGGCUUUAAGGAUGGACUGUGCCCUGCUGCUGCUGUCCCUGUGGGCUCUGACUGGAGCGGUGUCCCUGCAGGAUCCAGGGUCGUGUCCGGAGAGACUUCUGGGAGACGAGAGGAGGAGGACGUGUCCUCGGCCCUGCAAAGCUGACAGAGACUGUGGCAACAAGCGCCAGUGUCUGUGUGAUGGCCAGUGUGGGCUCAGCUGUGUGGCUCCAGGUCGGACAUGUCCCUGGCCUCUGCCCCCCAGUGACAACUCUGAGGCCAGCCUCCUCUCUCCCACUCACUCCUUCUCCGCUCUGCUUGAAGUGCGCUGCAAGCCAGGAUUCAAGCUGCCCAAUGGCUUGGAUGCCACUAUUCGCCGUUGUCAAGGUGACCGACAGUGGAGUGGGGAUGAGCCCAUCUGCACAGAGAAUCAGUCACCUGGAGAACCCGCCACCGCCGCCACCAUCCCCGCCGCCCGAACCUGCCCUCUGCCCGAGGAAGUCAUCAACACCUUCAGCAUCCAGGGCGACGCUACAACAGGCACCUCCAUCCGCUACAGCUGCCUGUCUGGGGCGGAUAUAGUGGGGAGCAGUGAAAAUUUCUGCCAGGAUAAUCAGACCUGGCAGUAUCCUCACCCCAUCUGUAAAAAGGUGUACUGCCAGCCUCCUCAAGAUGUGGCGCAGGGCUACGUGGUGGCUGUGCAGAAGACUGAAUAUGAAGUUGGCUUCGACAUCCACUACCUCUGUAAAAAGAACUUCCUGCUGGACGGACCGCAGAAGGUCACCUGCCUGUCGAAUGGCAGCUGGAGCGCAUCACCCCCAUACUGCAGAGCUCGCUGUCUCGUCCCUGCUGAGCGAAGCCGAGUGGUGAUUGGUGGAGUGAAGCGCUGGCCGUUUGACGUUACAGACGCCAUGGUUCCUCACGGGGAAAAUGUGACGUUCUUCUGCAAACACCCUCGUAAGCAGUGCAGCUUCACUGCCACCCAGACCUGCUUUGAUGGGAAGCUGCAGCCAGCAGCCUGCUACCUUGAGCCCACAUGGCUGCAGUAUAAGCUCUUCCCUCACCGGCUGGUGUCAGAGAUUGAAGCAUGUGAGGCUGAUGAUGUGGAGUGACCAACACUCAUGACACUGUGUCACAAUCUGAACAACUCCUGACACACACCAUCACCCGGAGCAGCCCACUCUCCGCUCUGCAGCUUUGCUUAAAACUAUCUCUGCUCUGAUUGUGGUCUGUUGUACAUGUAGACACUGAAACAUCCUCUGGUGGAUCCUGUCCUCGUGACCUUUGCCCCUCCCCCCUGCAUACUAUCAACCUGCGAGCGUGAUUAUAACCUCUAAAGUGUUACUUUGAUGCUCCUGCAGCUUGAGACGAUGCAUACUGUAGAAGGAACCCACACGAGGAUGUAUAUAUAAUGCAUUAAUACAUGCUAUAGCAGUUUUGCCUGUUCAUGUAACGCAUAAUGUCUUGACUCUGUGAUAUCUCACUGUGUGAUCUCUCUGUUGAGCCUGACGCAUCAAGUCUUGAGGCUUGUAAGUUUUUAAUGAUGUGAAAUAAAGUCAUGUCGAAAUGGU